UCCAGCGUUUUCAGGUCGGCGGCUGAAGUUCGGGGGGAAAGAACAGUCGGGCGACGCGUAUAAACUACGGCGAGAAGACGCAUUCAUUUCCGAAUAACUACAGAAGUAAUACCUUCUGGUGGAAAUACGACGUUUGAUCUCUGUCUCGCCGCUGUCGGCACGGGGAAGAGAAGCAGUCCUUUGGAGGCGAACGGGGGAGGAGGUUUGUACGCGUUUAUUUUGAAGCCCGUCUACAGUAUGUAUUGCAGAUAUGGCAAGAAGGGGUAAGACCGUUGUAAGGACCCUGGAGGAUCUAACUCUCGAUUCUGGUUAUGGUGGAGCGGCGGACUCGUUUAGGUCGUCUAGCUUGUCUUUGUGCUGUUCAGACACGCAUCUGCCGUACGCACAUGGAGGGAAUUGCUGGCAUCUAACGGACUCCAUGCACAGUCGACACAACAGCUUGGACACGGUCAACACCGUUCUGGUUGAGGACACCGAGAUCCUGGAGUGCUCCGGUCAGUGCGCCAAACUGCCCGAGUUGGAGGACGUGCCUUGGAGCCUCGGGGAGGUGGAGAGCGCCCUGCGGAAAGGGGAAGAGCUGAGCGCCGGGACCCCGUCGCAGGAAAUACUGGCCAAGCUCUCCGCGUUGGUCAGCCGCGCUCUGGUGCGGAUCGCCCGGGAGGCGCAGCGCCUGAGCUUGCGCUAUGCUAAGUGCACCAAGUAUGAGGUCCAGAGCUCCAUUAAGGUGGUUCUGUCCUGGACCCUGUCCGUCAACUGCAUCACCGCCGCCCUGGGCGCCCUGUCGCUCUACAACAUGAGCACGGGGGACAAGUUCAGCAGCGGAAAGUCGGCCCGCUGCGGGCUCAUAUUUUCCGUGGGGAAGUUUUUCAAGUGGAUGGUUGACAGUCGGGUGGCGUUGAGGGUCCACGAGCACGCGGCGAUCUACCUCACCGCCUGCAUGGAGAGUCUGUUCAGAGAGGUGUUCGCGCGCGUGCUGCGCAGCGCGCUGGUGGAGAAGGACAACGGCAUUCCCAAGUUUACCGCUGAGUCUUUGGAGCAAGCGAUCAACAACGACUCGGAGAUCUGGGGUCUACUGCAACCCUACCAACACCUCAUUUGCGCAAAGAAUGCAAGUGGGGUGCUGAGCCUGCCCGAGAGCCUAAACCUACACCGGGACCAGCAGAGAGCCAAUCGGCCGGGAGAUGUGCCCACGUACAGCCAAUCGGAGCUGCGCACCAUCGAGCAGUCCCUGCUGGCCACGCGCGUGGGGAGCAUCGCGGAGCUCAGCGACCUGGUGUCCCGGGCCAUGCAUCACCUGCAGCCGCUGCACGUUAAGAACCACAGCAACGGCACGCCGCAGCACCAGAAGCCCGUGUCCGUGCACUGGGAGCCCGAGGCCCUCUACACACUCUGCUACUUCAUGCACUGCCCCCAGAUGGAGUGGGAGAACCCCAACGUGGAGCCGUCCAAGGUCACGCUGCAGACCGAGAGGCCCUUCGUGGUGCUGCCGCCGCUGAUGGAGUGGAUCCGCGUGUCGGCGGCUCACGCCGAGCACCGGCGCAGUUUCUCGGUGGACAGCGACGACGUGCGGCAGGCGGCCCGCCUGCUCCUCCCGGGGGUGGACUGUGAGCCCCGCCAGCUGAGGACAGAUGACUGCUUCUGCGCUUCACGGAAGCUGGACGCCGCAUCCACUGAGGCCAAGUUCCUGCAGGACCUGGGGUUCCGCAUGCUGAACUGCGGCCGCACCGACCUGGUGAAGCAGGCCGUCAGUCUGCUGGGGCCCGACGGCAUCAACAGUAUGAGUGAACAGGGGAUGACCCCGCUCAUGUACGCGUGCGUGCGGGGAGACGAGGCCAUGGUGCAGAUGCUUCUGGACGCCGGAGCCGACAUCAACAGCGAGGUGCCAAACACAGUACACAAGUGCCCCUCAGUUUAUCCCGAAACACGCCAGGGGACCCCACUCACAUUCGCUGUGUUACACGGACACGUCCCUGUCGUGCAGCUGCUGCUGGACGCCCGGGCCAAUGUGGAGGGUUCUUUGCAGGACGGGGACGAGAACUACUCCGAAACCCCUCUGCAGUUGGCCUCCGCCGCAGGGAACUUUGAGCUGGUGAGCCUGCUGCUGGAGAGGGGGGCAGACCCCAUGAUCGGCACCAUGUACCGCAACGGCAUCUCCACCGCCCCCCAGGGGGACAUGAACUCCUUCAGCCUGGCAGCUGCGCAUGGACACAGGAACGUGUUCCGCAAGCUGCUGUCCCAGGCCGAGAAGGGCAAGGGGGACGUGCUGUCCCUGGAGGAGAUCCUGGCGGAGGGCUCGGAGCUGGGGGGGGCCCGGCCCCCUCAGCUCGACUCGGCCCGCACAGGCAAGGCCAAACUGCGAGCCCUGAGGGAGGCCAUGUACCACAGCGCCGAGCACGGCCAUGUGGACAUCACCAUCGACAUCCGCAGCCUGGGUGUGCCCUGGACCCUGCACACCUGGCUGGAAUCCCUGCGCACCUGUUUCCUGCAACACCGCCGGCCUCUCAUCCAGGGCCUGCUGAAGGAGUUCAGCUGCAUCCAGGAAGAGGAGUACACCCAGGAGCUCAUCACCGACGGCCUGCCCCUGCUCUUCCAGAUCCUGCGCGCCAGCAAGAACGAGGUGAUCAGCCAGCAGCUGUCGGUGAUUUUCUGUCAGUGCUACGGGCCCUACCCCAUUCCAAAGCUGACUGAAAUUAAGAGGAAGCAGUCGUCCCGUUUGGAUCCUCACUUUCUCAACAACAAGGAGAUGUCUGAUGUGACUUUCUUGGUGGAGGGGAAGCCUUUUUAUGCCCACAAAGUCCUGCUCUUUACUGCCUCCAACAGGUUUAAAUCUCUCCUCUCCAACAGACCUGCUGCCGAAAACACCUGCAUUGAAAUCAGCCAUGUCAAGUACAACAUAUUCCAGCUGGUGAUGCAGUACCUGUAUUGCGGAGGGACAGAAUCUCUACACAUUAGGAACACAGAGAUCAUGGAGGUAAGGCAGCUUCUUUCUGCUGCUAAGUUCUUCCAACUGGAAGCCCUCCAGAGACACUGUGAGAUCAUCUGCUCCAAGAACAUCAACACAGAGACCUGUGUGGAAAUAUACAACCACGCCAAGUUCCUAGGAUCGGCUGAGCUUUCGGCCUACAUUGAAGGCUACUUCCUGAAGAACAUGGUGGUCCUCAUAGAGGUGGAGGCCUUCAAGCAGCUGUUGUACGACACCCCGGCGGAGGCCCCGGUCACCAACGUCCUGCAGGACCUGGAGAAGACCCUGGGCACCCGCAUCCAGUCCAUACACCUCUCCUCCUCCAAGGGCUCCAUAGUGUGAGCCAGGAGCCUGGAGCUGGAGCCGGAAUCUGGAACCGGAAUUUGGAGCCGGAAUCUGGAGCCAGAGCUGGAAUCUGGAACCGGAGCCGGAAUCUGGAGCCGGAAUUUGGAGCCGGAAUCUGGAGCCGGAACCGGAAUCUGGAGCCGGAAUUUGGAGCUAGAAUCUGGAGCCAGAGCUGGAAUCUGGAGCCGGAGCUUGGCUGAGGCACAGCAUUCCCACAGCCCACACACAUCUCCGGAUGAGCGUGAUCCAGACCUGCACUCGCACCAGUACACUGUUGCAGGAACGCUGUGGGAAUGUUCUGCGGCAGCUUGGAACGGCUCGGAUCAAUUAUGAAUAAAAACAAACUCUUAUCCAUUUGCUUCCUGAUCUGUCGCCAAGGCACAUUGUUCCAAACGAUCACUGCCGGGCCGCAAGACCAUCAGCUCGGCUGUGUCCUCGGUCGACAUCUUCUGUCCUUUUGUUUGUUUUUGUUUGUGUUCAUUGUUUAUACGGUAUUGCCAGUGUUUCAAUGGCAUUUUACUUAAUGGAGAUUGGCCAAACUAACAAUAUGCAUAACUGGUACAUGUUAAUCAAGAUCAUGUAUUCAAUCAGUGACAUAAAUGUCUAAACUUUACUCAUUUGUGGAAGAACUGUUGCUGGCGAAUGGAGGGUCUCAAUACUGACAGAAGGUUGUUUUUUCUUUUGAUUGCCUGUUGUAAAACAGUUGGAAUGUCCCAAAACAGAAAGUGUUCCUGGUUGACAGUGAGCAGUGAAAAUUGGACUAGACAUCGUUUUUCUGCACGAGUCCACAGUAAGCAACUGUGACCAUGUCGAGUCUUGACUCUUUUGACACCUCCGUGUGACAUCACGCCCUCUCUUUGUGACAUCAUCGUGCAUGUGAACACUUUGAUACCUUUUAUCCUGCUCAGCCAAUUCAUUUCGCAAUGUAAGAACUUUCUUUCCUGACGCGGUUGUACAGAAACUCCUGGGAACAUUCAGCAUGCUGUAACCAUAGUUACUGUUCCUUCUGGGAGGGAGGUGAGGCUACUUAGGACCUCUGUGUGACGUAUAGGUAAUGAUGCCAAACAUUGUACAAGACAUUACUAACCUGCUUGCUUGGCCGUGUGGUGAAAAUUGUGUCCAAGUAAACUGCACGCUCCCACCCUUUGUGUUAGAGUGCUGACGUCAUGAGUCCGUGUUUCACUUCACCCGAAUGUACAAACCAUUCCACUUUAGCAAGUCAAAACUGAGCAAGCGUCCAUUACGGCUCUCACAGUAGCCCUCUGGCGGUGGAGUUUCCACACCCUUUAGGCUUCUUGGUAGGAGGAGGAAACCAGGCUGGAUCCAGAGUUUAGAGCCCUAUUGCUAUCACACGUGUGCGCUAAGUGUUCCUGAGACAGUUUAAUGUGCCAGUCUCCUGUAGCUUCACCGUGUCACGUAUAACCACACACCUUCAGCGGGAAAAGACGUGCUGAGGAAGACAAACACGGCCCUUUAUAAUAUUUAUAAAGACGGGGGCUGCCCCGUAACGACGGGACACCACGUGUGAGGAGUGUGACCCAAUGCCAGGAGGAGGAAGGUGUAAAUAUUUGAUGUAAAUCCGAAAAGCAUUGUUCCUGUAAACUAACAUGUACAUACCGCCACCUGCUUUUCAUGGCUUUCUGGCUGCUAUUGUACAGAGCUAUGUCCACGCCCUGCUGCGGAGCUCUACUGGAUGUUACCCGUGUGAUCUCUUGCUUGUCUAUUUCUAGAUCUGUGUGCGUCUGUCAGCCAUACCGAGUCUGGGAAGGAGGGGCACUGCUGUCUAUUGAAAAGAAAAAAAGAAAAAACGGGGAAAAAAAAACAACAAAAAAAACAUGGUACAAAGUCUUGGUACUGCCAACAGGAGUCCUUAACUGUCCAAGCACUGCUCAUACUCUGGCUGUGGGCCUUUCUUGGAGCGAGAGUCUUGCGGUGGGGCUGUGUUGAUUAAUGCUGUGAUGGCCAUCAUGUCCAGACAUUGUGAACUCACAUGUAGAUAACUGUAUGAUAUGUAUGACUGAAUAUGUAUGUCCGCUAUAUAGAUACCAUAUAUUUAUAUCUGUUUCCAUGGAAAUCCCAAUCUUAUAUAUAAAACAUUGUGGGGGUGUCUUGAAUUGCAAAUUACAAAGAAUAUAAAAGAGGUUUUGAGCAACAUUUGAGCAUAUUAUUUUGAUUGUUUGUGUAUAAAAAAAUAAUGUUUUGAGUUUAGGCUUGUGGUUCACCAGCUUGGCAAAAACCUGUAGCGAGAGCCUGCUCUGGACCCUUCCGGAAUAGGACACAUUUCAGAAGUCAAAUCCCUGCAACUGUGGAAGCUUCAGAUAAACCAGAGUUCAUCUUCAAUA